GGGCGUUGUUGUUACGACGUCUGCCAUUUUGACUAGAGGGACUUUGCGCGCAAUAGAUGGUGCGGACUGGCUCCACACAGUUUAUGACUGUAUUCUUCAAUCAAAGCAACACAAUCUCAGGCCAAUCAUGCUCUCAGCAGCCCAGUUACUCGAUGAGUUAAUGGGCAGAGAUAGAAACUUGGCCCCUAACGAGAAGCGAUCAAACGUGCGAUGGGACGAUGAAAGCGUUUGUCGAUACUACCUGUGUGGGUUCUGUCCAGCAGAGCUUUUCACAAACACCCGCUCGGACUUGGGUCCCUGUGAGAAAAUCCAUGAUGAAAAUCUCCGAAAAGUGUAUGAAAAGAGCUCUCGGUUCAUGAAGGAGGGUUAUGAGAGAGACUUCCUGCGCUAUCUUCAGUCUCUCCUGGCAGAGGUGGAACGACGGAUUCGUAGAGGGCAUGCUCGACUUGCUCUUUCCCAGGCUCAACAGAAUGCAGGGGGUCCUGGUCCAUCAGGAAAGAAUGAGAAUGAGAAAAGUCUGGUUUUGACAGAUAAGAUUGAAGACUUGGUUGUACAGAUUGAAGAGCUGGGAUCAGAAGGCAGAGUGGAGGAAGCCCAGGGAAUGAUGAAGCUGGUUGAGCAGCUAAAAGAAGAGAGGGAACUGCUUAGCUCCACACCCUCAACCAUUGAGAGCUUUGCAGCCCAGGAGAAACAGAUGGAGGUGUGUGAGGUGUGUGGUGCCUUCCUCAUUGUGGGCGAUGCACAGUCCCGAGUGGAUGACCACUUGAUGGGAAAGCAGCAUAUGGGCUAUGCCAAGAUCAAAUCUACCGUAGAGGAGCUCAAGGAGAAACUGCGUCGCCGCUCAGAAGAACCCCCGGGUGAAACCCCUGCAGUCAAAAAGGAUAGAGAAGAUCGUGAGCGCGAGAGGGAGGAAAGAGAGAAAAAGCGCAAAGAGGAGGAAGAAAAGGAGAAGGAGCGAGAGAAAGAGCGGGAGAAGGAGAGGGAACGAGAGAGAGAGAGGGAGCGUGAGAGGGACCGAGAACGUGACCGAGAUAGAGACAGGGAGAGGGACAGGAGGGCUCGCCGCAGCCACUCUAACAGCCGCCACUCCAGUCGAGCUUCUGACAGGAAAAGGAGCAGAUCCCGUGAUCGCCGGAGGUCCAGGAGUAGAGACAAGGACAGGGAACGCAAACGCAGCAGGAGUCGGGAUAGAGACAGGGAGAGGAGACGCAGCCGUGAGCGCUCUGACAGAAAACGCCGCUCCCGGAGUCGUGAAAGGAGGAGGUCGCGCAGCUCAGAGCGCAAAUCUCACCGCCAUCGCAGCCACAGCAAGGACAGGGACAGAGAGAAGGAAAGAGACAAGGACAAAGAGCGGUCAUCAAAAGACAAAGACCGUAAGACGACAGAGGAAAGGAGCAGCUCUAAGAAAGACAAACGCUCUGACGGUGAUGCCGCUGCCAUCAAUCUUUCAUCCGAAGCGGAACCGAUGGAGUCGGAGGCGGCCGCCUCUGCCUCCUCCCCGCUGCUCAAUGGCCAGCAAGAACUCUUCCAUUCUGAAGGUGACACUCAGUCCAAUUAAAACUGAUCUGAUAGGACCUCAGAUCAGGCUCAGGGGAAGCUGGCAUAUCUGGUGGAGGAAGACGUGGAAGAGCAUACCCAUCCUAUACCCUGAACCUGACACUUCGCUGCUUAAAAACAAGGUGAACCACAAAUGUGUAGUGGCAUAUCCACCAAACAUACAUGUGUAAAUGAGAGUAAAGAAAUCCAUUGAUUUUCAUGUUCAGUACAAAUCCUUUGGCAGAACGAGGGUAGCUGUGGUUCAUCUGAUGUAUUUGUUGGUCUAGAUACCAGCCAGACAUCACUUAAAAUACCAAAAUAGUUCACUAUGGGUUUUUUGUUUUGUUUUGAAAAUCUUAAUACUACUUCUUUGUUUCUUGGCAUUUAGAGGAAAUGGAAUAAAACGGUUCUUGUGAUUAGUUUUGGUUUGUCAGGUUCCACUUUCUGACCUCGUUUUUUUAAUUAAAGUCAGUUGAAAGCGCUUGUACAGUGUUUGAGCUGUGAUAGAGAGUGUCUCUUUUCUCCUCCACGUAGAGCUCACGUUGAUUGUCCCCUCAUUGUAAAAUAUACUGAUUUGAUUUUGCUCAAAGGGUUUUCAGACUGAAGAUUUGUUUACUUUUGCUCUGCUUUUAAUGUCAAUGUUGUCUUGAUGAAUAAAAAGUAAAACCUU